AUGGAUGACGACAGAGAAAGAGGAGCAGUUAAGCUUUCCUUCUUCACUUCUUGUCUUAAGAACAGAGAAGAAAUGAAACUCAUGGAUUGUAUGCCCACCCUUCCUCAGGAAAAAAGCUCUGCAUGCCAGGCUAGAAGAGGAGGAUUCCUGUCAGCCACUCUAUUACUGACACUUCUCUCCGGCGGCCUAGCACUGGUCUCGUUGUACCAAGUGUUCACCCUGCAGGCUGAGUUGGGGAGUCUCCGGCAUGAACUCCAGGCUUAUCAGAGCAGAACUGAGCAACCGCAGGGCCUGAAGGAGGAGAAAGCAGGAACCCACCCUACUAUUCUUCAGUCAGAAGCUGCUGCCAUCACAGGACUGCAAGAACUCGGGGUACACUCUAUCACAGAAGAAACCAACCUUAGACAAAGCAUAAGGAACAGAAGAAGUGUUCCAGACUCAGGGGAAACUAGAAUACAAGAUUGCUUGCAGUUGAUUGCUGAUGUUGACAAUCCCACAAUACAAAGAGGUCAUUACACCUUUGUUCCAUGGCUUCUCAGUUUUAAAAGAGGAAGAGCCCUAGAAGAAAGAGAAAAUAAAAUACUUGUCAAAGAAACUGGUUACUUUUUCAUAUAUGGCCAGGUUUUGUACACAGAUACCACCUUUGCUAUGGGACAUCUCAUACAGAGGAAAAAGGUCCACGUUUUUGGGAAUGAGCUGAGUUUGGUGACUUUGUUCCGGUGUAUCCAAAACAUGCCAGCAACUCUCCCUAAUAAUUCCUGUUACACAGCUGGCAUUGCAAAGCUAGAAGAAGGGGAUGAACUUCAACUUGCUAUACCUCGUGAGAAUGCCAAAAUAUCCCAGGAUGGAGAUGGCACUUUUUUUGGUGCACUGAAGCUGCUGUGA